CCGCCGCCGCCGCCGCCGCCCGUCCUCCGCCGCGGCCAGCCGGGCAGCGCGGGCGGGCCGGGGGCUGCGCCGCCGGGGAGGAGGUUUGGGGGGGCUUGUGGGGGUCCGGGCACUUACUUGGGCUGGAAGUUGGCGGCGCGAUGGGGAACGAGCGUUGGAAAACCGUGGGAGGAGCCUCGCAACUUGAGGAUGGGCAGCAGGAGAAAUCACAGAGGAUGAGCUGUGGCUACAUCCUGUGCACCGUCCUGCUCUCGGUGGCCGUGCUGCUGGCGGUGACAGUCACGGGGGCCAUCCUCUUCAUGAACCACUACCACACGCCCGUCACCGAGUCACCGCCCGUCAUCAGCACCAACCCCGAGGAGGCCAACGCCCUGGUGACCAUCGAGAAAGCCGACAGCUCCCGCAUCAACAUCUUCAUCGACCCCAACUGCCCCAGCGCCGCCGGCACGCUGGGCCGCGUGGAGGGGCUGCAGAGCUCCCUGCUGCGCGCCGUCACCGACCACGACGCCGAGGCCAAGGCCACCAAGAGCCAGCAGAAGGCCCUGCUGGUCACGGUGGCGGACGAGGUGGCCAAGCUGCUGAGCCACGCCGUGCAGCUGCGUGCUGACUGUGAUGGCCUCAAGAAGGGGCACAGCGCCAUGGGGCAGGAGCUCAGCGCCCUGCAGGGAGAGCAGGGCAGGCUCAUCCAGCUGCUCUCGGAGAGCCAGACCAACAUGGCUCGGCUGGUGAGCUCCGUCAGCGACGUCCUGGACACGCUGCAGAAGGAGCGCGGCGCAGCCCGGCCCCGCCUCAAGGCUGACCUGCAGCGAGCCCCGGCCCGGGGAGCACGGCCCCGGGGCUGCUCCAACGGCUCCCGGCCCCGAGACUGCUUUGACAUCUAUGCCAGUGGACAGCAGGAGGACGGGAUUUACUCCAUCUUCCCCACCCACUACCCCGAUGGCUUCCAGGUCUACUGUGACAUGACAACGGACGGGGGCGGCUGGACGGUGUUCCAGCGGCGGGAGGACGGCUCCGUGAACUUCUUCCGUGGCUGGGAAGCCUACCGGGACGGCUUUGGGAAGCUGACAGGAGAGCACUGGUUAGGGCUGAAGAGGAUCCACCUGCUGACGGUGCAGGGCAGCUACGAGCUCCGCAUCGACCUGGAGGACUUCGACAACGGCACCGCCUUCGCCCACUACGGCAGCUUCGGGGUGGGGCUGUUCUCUGUGGACCCCGAGGAGGACGGGUACCCCAUCAGCAUCGCCGACUACUCGGGGACAGCAGGUGACUCCUUCCUGAAGCACAACGGGAUGAAGUUCACCACCAAGGACCUGGACAACGACCACUCGGAGAACAACUGCGCCGCCUUCUACCACGGCGCCUGGUGGUACCGCAACUGCCACACGUCCAACCUCAACGGGCAGUACCUCAAGGGCCACCACAGCUCCUACGCCGACGGCAUCGAGUGGUCCUCCUGGACCGGCUGGCAGUAUUCCCUCAAGUUCACCGAGAUGAAGAUCCGGCCCAUCCGGGAGGAGAAUUAGCUGAUGGCAUGAGCCCCCCGCACCGUGCCCGGCCCCUGCCCUUCCCCAGCACCCUGCAGACCCACUCCCUCAGCUGCCAUCCUCCCCGUCCUCUCCGAGGGCUUGCCCACCUCUGAGGGGCCCCUGGGGAGCAUCUGCUGCCAGUGAGGGUGGCUUUGGCCCCAUGGCACCCACAGAUGUUGCCAGACCUUUG